AUGCGAGCUGCCUUGAUGUGGACCAUUAACGACUUUCCAGCAUAUGGCAUGUUGUCUGGUUGGGGUAAGCAUGGCAGAAUGGGUUGUCCGCAUUGCAUGGAAUGCACUAAGGCGUUUACAUUGGAAAAAGGGGGGAAAAGCUCGUGGUUUGACUGUCACCGCAGAUUCCUACCAUCAAAUCAUCCCUUUAUAAAAAACAAGACAAAUUUCAAAAAGGACGAACGGGUAACAGAUCUGCCUCCGUCUCGAUUGGCACCAGUUGCUAUAUGGAACCAAGUUUGUGAACUUCCAAAGUUUACAGAUACUGGCAAAGCAUGUAGAAUUGAAGGAUAUGGGGUCACACAUAAUUGGACAAAAAGAAACAGAACAAAAGAUAAUGUGAAGGCUAGACAAGACAUGGAAAUUUGGUGUAAUCGUAAAGAGUUGGAAUUGAAGCCUCAACCAAAUGGAAAAUUAUUUAAACCCAAAGCUUGUUUCAGUAUGACCCCCCAAGAAGCUAAAGCGGUUUGUGGAUGGCUAAAAGCUUUAAGAGUGGAUGACAUCAUUAAGUUGGACCAAAAUAUUCCAGUCAUUCUCUGUACGUUGGAACAAGUAUUUCCGCCUGGUUUUUUUGACUCCAUGGAACAUCUACCUGUGCAUCUUGCAUAUGCGGCUUAUCUAGGAGGACCUGUUCAAUAUAGGUGGAUGUAUCCGUUUGAAAGGUUCAUGGUUUCUCAAAAUCAAAACCCAUUCCUUUUUGCGGUGAAAGUUUUAUAUCAUCCAAAGAAGAAGCUUCAAGGAACCAGCUGUGGAAUAUGGAUGAACAAUGUACACAAUUCAGCUGUGGAAUAUGGAUGA